AUUCAAUUGAGAGAUUAAAAACUUAUACUCUCUCUCUCACUAGCUUUUGAGAGAGAAACUCAUUUAACUCGAACCCAAAACUUCCACCAACCAAAAGGAAAAAGAAAAAAAAAACUAUAAGGAAAUCUUUCUUUAUAGGGUUUCAAAAACUUCCAAAGAACUCAGAAGAUCAGAUCGAAUUAAUGGAAGAUAUACUCCUGGAGUAGAAAAUCAUAUAAAGAAACGUUUAUGAUCACAACCUUGAAGAUUUGAAGGAAACCAAAGUUCACAACUAAUUCAUUUUUUGAUUAGUAUCGUACAAUCAAAUCAUCAUCACAAUGUAUCAUCCAAACAUGUUUGAGAGCCAUCAUAUGUUCGAGAUGACCACAAAGAGUACUUCCGACAACGACUUUGGAAUCACCGGAAGCCGUGAAGAUGAUUUCGAGACCAAGUCAGGCACCGAAGUCACCACAGAGAAUCCUUCCGGUGAAGAGCUUCAAGAUCCUAACCAACGUCCCAACAAAAAGAAGCGUUACCAUCGCCACACGCAACGUCAAAUUCAAGAGCUCGAAUCGUUCUUUAAAGAAUGCCCUCAUCCAGAUGAUAAGCAACGGAAAGAGUUGAGCCGCGAUCUCGGUUUAGAACCUCUUCAAAUCAAGUUCUGGUUCCAAAACAAACGCACACAAAUGAAGGCACAACAUGAGAGGCAUGAUAACCAGAUUCUUAAGUCAGACAAUGACAAGCUCAGAGCAGAGAACAAUAGAUACAAAGAGGCACUAAGCAAUGCUACAUGCCCUAACUGUGGCGGUCCAGCUGCUAUAGGAGAAAUGUCAUUCGACGAACAGCAUCUCAGGAUUGAAAAUGCUCGCCUCCGCGAAGAGAUUGAUAGGAUCUCUGCGAUUGCUGCAAAAUACGUUGGGAAGCCAAUAGGAUCGUCAUUUGCUCCACUAGCAACCCACGCGCCUUCUCGUUCCCUUGAACUUGAAGUUGGCAACUUUGGGAACCAGGCAGGUUUUGUAGGGGAAAUGUAUGGAACAGGUGACAUUUUGAGGUCAGUUUCAAUCCCUUCUGAGUCAGACAAGCCUAUGAUCAUAGAGCUAGCGGUUGCAGCUAUGGAGGAACUCGUGAGAAUGGCUCAAGUGGGGGAACCUUUAUGGGUUUCAACUGAUAACUCCAUUGAAGUUCUCAACGAGGAAGAGUAUUUCAGAACGUUUCCAAGAGGAAUCGGACCAAAACCAUUAGGUUUGAGAUCAGAGGCGUCAAGAGAUUCAGCUGUUGUUAUAAUGAAUCACAUAAAUCUGGUUGAGAUUCUCAUGGAUGUGAAUCAAUGGUCUUGUGUUUUCUCUGGGAUUGUGUCAAGAGCCUUGACGCUUGAAGUUCUUUCCACUGGAGUUGCUGGGAACUACAAUGGUGCUUUGCAAGUGAUGACAGCUGAGUUUCAAGUUCCAUCGCCGCUAGUCUCAACGCGUGAGAACUACUUUGUGAGAUACUGUAAGCAACAUAGCGAUGGUUCUUGGGCUGUGGUUGAUGUCUCUUUGGACAGCCUUAGACCGAACCCAAUCUCAAGAACCAGAAGAAGGCCUUCAGGUUGUCUGAUUCAAGAACUGCCUAAUGGUUAUUCUAAGGUUACAUGGGUAGAACAUAUGGAGGUGGAUGAUAGAUCGGUUCACACUAUGUAUAAACCGUUGGUUCAUUCCGGUUUAGCUUUUGGAGCGAGACGUUGGGUGUCUACACUCGAACGCCAGUGCGAGCGGCUCGCGAGUUCGAUGGCUAGCAACAUCCCGGCUAGUGAUCUUUCGGUGAUAACGAGUGCUGAAGGGAGGAAGAGCAUGUUGAAGCUAGCGGAAAGGAUGGUUAUGAGCUUUUGCAGCGGAGUUGGCGCGUCGACUGCACACGCGUGGACGACAAUGUCGUCAACAGGAUCCGACGAUGUUCGAGUCAUGACCCGAAAGAGCAUGGAUGAUCCGGGAAGACCUCCCGGUAUCGUUCUUAGCGCAGCGACAUCGUUCUGGAUCCCAGUAGCUCCCAAACGGGUCUUCGAUUUCCUCCGCGACGAAAACUCAAGAAGCGAGUGGGACAUUCUCUCAAAUGGAGGAAUGGUUCAAGAAAUGGCGCAUAUAGCAAAUGGUCGCGAACCUGGAAAUUGCGUCUCCUUGCUCCGAGUCAACAGCGGAAACUCGAGCCAGAGCAACAUGUUGAUACUACAAGAGAGCUGCACGGACGCAUCUGGAUCGUACGUGAUAUAUGCGCCGGUGGAUAUAGUGGCGAUGAACGUUGUUCUAAGCGGAGGAGAUCCUGAUUACGUGGCGUUGUUACCGUCUGGAUUCGCUAUAUUACCGGAUGGCUCAGUAGGAGAUGGGAAUCAAGAAGUGGUUUCUUCUUCUGGGAGUUGUGGUUCACUAUUAACCGUUGCGUUUCAGAUACUUGUUGACUCUGUUCCUACAGCUAAACUCUCUCUUGGCUCUGUGGCUACGGUUAAUAGUCUGAUCAAGUGUACGGUGGAGAGGAUUAAAGCCGCCGUUGCUUGUGACCAAGGUGGAGGAGGACCAUAGUUCGUCCAGAAGUAAUAAGGAAAGGAGAAAAUAGCGUUUAUGCCUUAAUGUUUUAUUUCUAGUUUCUGUAUGUUUUAAAAUCCAAAUGAAGUCAAGAACGCACCUUUAACGUUUAAAUCUUUAUCUCAAGGAUGAUGAGAAAAGAAUGGGUGAAGAGGUUCGGGUAUUGACUUCUGAUGGAAAUCCACGGUCCUUUUUAUUUACCUUUUCUAAGUUCGUCUGUUCAGCGUUUUGCUAUAUAACUGUUUGGGAACACUUUUGGGUGUCCUCUCUUUAUGUGUUUUACCCACCAAGUGUAUGUUUCUUUAUUGUUUUGUAAGCUCUUUUUGUGGCAAGACCAUAUAUUAGUAACAUUAGUUUCUAUUGAACUCCC